GGUUAACGCUAACCCUAAAAAACCCGCUUGGAAGAACACAUCCAAUGGCCUCGUUGUUGCUGAGGUCAAUCCUGUAAUGGGUGCUGUCUCUUGGCCUGCUUUGUCUGCUAAGCCUUCUGCUAAACUGACAUCUGAUUCCAUCUCUGCCGUCGGAUCAAUCUCCAUUUCUCAGGGGCCUGUUAUAUCAAACUCACCUCAGAAACAAGCCACUGCCACUGCCACUGCUGCUAAUGCAAGACAUACUCCUCCAAUGAAUCAUAGUCAUAGUGUGUCUAAUAGACAACAAAAACCGAUGGAGCGCGGAGGAGUUAACAACAAUGAGCCUGGUCCUUUGUCGAACAAUUUAUCUAACCCUCCUCAAGCCAAUCAUCAACCAUCGGUUUCCCCACCAUUUCCGGUGCUUCAGAUCCCUCCUAAUACUUUCUUGGUUGACGGGGUUCAGUCGUACAAGAACAAUAAUGGUUGGGGUCCAAGAUCACCAGCUGGGGGUUAUGGGCUGCCUGUAGAUGAGCACAGUCACAGGGGUAAUUAUGGGCACCGUCCACGUAACAAUUAUGGCACUAGGCGCAAUCAAGAUCCAGGAAAUACAAUGAACACUAGAGAUGCUCAUCCACCCCAACAUAGGAUGCACUCGGAGGGAUUUCUGAGGCCUACACUACCCAAUUCUGCUUAUUUAGGGUCUCAGCCUAUGCCUAUGAGACCGUUUCUAAACCCUGCAGGGUUUCAUGAAUUCUAUUAUUAUCCUACACUACAAUUUGAACCUUUUGGAGGUAUGCCAUUCUUAACCCAUCCACCUCCUCCGGCGAUGUUCUUUCCAGUUGCAGAAGAAACUCCUCCCACUACUCCCCCGACCAAUAUAAUACUCAAACAAAUUGAUUAUUACUUUAGUGAUGUUAAUUUGACGAAUGACGAAUUUCUGAAAUCGAACAUGGACGAACAUGGUUGGGUUCCAGUUUCUUUGAUUGCAAACUUCCCGCGGGUUAAAAAUUUGACAAACAAUAUCGAGUUGAUACUUGAUUCAUUGAGAAAUUCGUCGGUUGUGGAAGUAAAUGGUGACAAACUGAGGAAGCGCAAAGAGUGGGCAAGGUUUUUGUCCCCUGUUUACCAACAAGUUGGAUCUAGUUCAAUAUCCUCGGUUGGAUCAACUUGCAAGAACAUAAUUGCUGAUUUUGAUAAGAUCACACUGGAUGAAGCUACUGUGCUUAAAAAUUCCAAAACUACCACUAAUGGGGACUCUGCAGGAGAGUCGUCGUCCUAUUAGUCCUGGCUCUCUAUAUAGUUAGGGGCAGCAAUUAAAACUCAAUACAUUUACCUCAACCAACGAUAUCUAACCCAUUAUAGUAUUUUACUGUGUUAGUCUUAAUUUUAAAAGGAGGUUUGAACGUUCAAUUCUUUCAUGACCACCUGGAUCGAUUUUGGUAGUAGUUGAGUCAAGUCAAGUAGUUUAACAAAUAAGAAUUUCAAGGAAUUAUGUUGGUCUUAGACAAAAAGAAACUGAUUAGAAAUAGAAAGGAAAAAUUUAGAAUUUUGACGGAUGCAGAUCUUUUUGGUUUUGUAUAGCUUGUAAUUAAAAUAUUUUACCAAUUGAAAUGACUUUGAUAAAUUGAGCUUGA